ACCGCCAGAAAGCCCUAGGUUCAGGCGCGAGCGAGAGCUUCUUUCCUUCUCCGAACGAACAAUGAAGUGCGUGGAAUUCGUUCUUUUUUCCACUUUCCAUUUCCCUCCACUGCUUAUAUCUUAUUCAAAUCUUCUCUUACUUGUUUAAUCAACCUUUUCAAUCGUCUUUUCUUCCAUUUUCCGCUUCUAACUUCGAUCGCCAUGUCUAAAAGGUGUAUGCUAUUUUGAGGGGCUGGGUGAUCAAAUAUGUGGGUUCUAUGCAAGUAUUUUGCGCAUGGAGCAUGCUUGAAAGGGGAGUAUUGUGAGUUUUCGCAUGACUGGACGGCUCCACCUAGCAAUGUUUGCACUUACUAUCAAAAGGGAAGGUGUGCUUUUGGCAGUCGAUGCAGAUAUGACCAUGUUAAAGUUUCUCAUGCAGAGUCAUCAGCUUCUUCUAAUUCUCAGCAACCUCACGUGUCUGAAUCUGUUUCAAUAGCUCAUACUCUAUUAUCAAGUCCACUUUCUCCUUCACCUGGGUCGACAAUUGAGCUUGCUGGUUCAAGGAUAUCCUGUCUUCCCUCACACGUUGAAUCUGCUUGGAGUGUAGAGUGUGAGCUUCCAUCUGGUCUUGAUGAUUGGGGGAGUAGGGAGACAAGGAUUAUUAGUCCAGCCGAUUUACCUAUUUGCUCUUUUUCUGCUGCUGGUACUAAUUGUCCGCGUGGUGAUAAUUGCCCUCACAUUCAUGGGGACUUAUGUCCCACGUGUGGAAAACAAUGUUUACAUCCUUUUAGGACGGAUGAAAGGGAGGAGCAUAUGAAGGCAUGUGAGAAAAAGCAAAAACAUCUCGAGUCUUUGAAACAUAGCCAAGAAAUAGAGUGUAGUGUCUGCCUCGAGCGUGUCCUUUCUAAAACCGAAAUAGCCGAGAGGAAGUUUGGGCUUCUAUCAGAAUGUGAUCAUCCGUUCUGCAUUUCUUGUAUUAGAAACUGGCGUAAUAGUUCAUCUACCUCCGGAAUGGAUGUUAACAGUGCUUUAAGAGCCUGCCCAAUUUGUAGGAAGCUAUCAUACUUUGUUAUUCCAAGCGUCAUUUGGUAUUCUUCCAAGGAAGAAAAACAAGAGAUCGUUGAUAGCUACAAGUCAAAGCUGCGAUCAAUCGAUUGCAAGCACUUUAACUUUGGAAAUGGAAACUGCCCAUUUGGAUCUAGCUGUUUUUACAAGCACUUGGUCAAGCCUGGUUCAUACACAUGGAAAUAUCACAGGCCACCUCCGCCCCGACCACGAUCACAGAGAACUCCUCCUAGCAGAUCUAAUAUUGUGGAUAUGGAUGCCUUUUUUGAUAUGUUUGAAGACUUAGAGGAUUUGGAUUUUAGUGCUGAAGAUUUAGAUUUUGAAGAUUUAACACCUUUGGAGAUGGCAUUUGUUCUAAUGCAGUUGGGUUGUGAAGCCAACUUGUCAAGUGAUGAGGAGAAUUAUAGUUUUUGAACUACAUUUUUUAUAGCACGCACAUCGGGAUGGCCGGUUGGAAGAGGUAGCACUGCGUCACAUUGGGAAUCAAGACGGCCUCACUAUUAUAGCUAAAAACAUUAGGUUGUCGGACUUCCUUA